GGGACGCGGAUAUGAAGCUUUAGUCGAUCCUUUGCUUUGCAGUGGAAAUUACUCCGCGGGCAGCGGGAAGUUAGUGGGGUUUUUAGCCUGUUAGUGAGUUUCUGCGCUGUUUAACUCGCGGUGUGGGAUAUGUGGAGUUAAAUGAAUGUCAGACGCGGGGAAUUAGCUGUUUAAGGCUUUACUCCGGGAGCUCCCGGCUCUGCUGAGUUGGGAUAACUUUUCCGUGGAGGAGGAGGAGGAGGAGAAGCAGCGGCGGUUUGGGAUCCGCUGAUAAGAAACAGCAGAGGGAGUCCGCCAUGGAUUGGGGAACGGAGCUCUGGGACCAGUAUGAUGUGAUAGAGAAGCACACUCAGUCUGGGCUGGAUCUGGUGGAGAAAUAUGUGAAGUUUGUGAAGGAGAGGACGGAGAUCGAGCAGAACUACGCCAAACAACUGAGGAAUCUCAGUAAGAAGUAUUGUCCCAAACGAGGCAGUAAAGAGGAGCAGGAGUGCAGGUUCUCGAACCACCAGUCUUUCCUGGACAUUCUGAACGAGAUGAACGACUACGCGGGGCAGAGAGAGCUGAUCGCUGAGAACAUGAUGAUGAACAUCUGCAUCGAGCUCACCAAGUACCUGCAGGAGCUCAAACUGGAGCGCAAGACGCAUCUAUCAGACGGAAAAAAGGCCCAGCAGUCUCUGGAGAGCACCUACAAGCAGCUGGACAAUAGUAAAAAGCGCUUUGAAAGAGAGUGGCGGGAGGCAGAAAAAACGGCACAGUACGCCGAGAAAACAGAUCAGGACAUCAAUGCAACGAAAGCUGAUGUGGAAAAGGCCAAACAGCAGGCACACAUGAGGAUGCACAUAGCAGAGGAGUGCAAGAACGACUACGCUGCCCAGCUACAGAAAUACAACAAAGAGCAGAACCAGUUCUACUUCACAGACAUGCCUCUUAUAUUUAACAAGCUGCAGGACAUGGAUGAGAAGCGUGUGCGGAAGCUAGCUCAGACCUACAUCCUGUUUGCCGACACGGAGCGGCACGUCAUGCCCAUCAUCGGGAAGUGCCUGGAGGGCAUCACCAGAGCUGGCACCAAUGUCAACGAGAAGAACGACUCCUUGGUUCUCAUAGAGCAGCACAAAUCAGGCUUUGAACGGCCUGGAGACCUGGAGUUCGAGGACUACAGUCAGGGGAUUAACCGGGCUUCCUCUGACAGCAGUCUGGGCACUCCGAAGGGUCCGCUGGAUCUGCUGGGCAAAAACAAGAGCAAGCCUUUCUGGUUGUUCAGCAAGAAGAGCAAGCCUUCCUCAUCCUCCUCUUCCUCUUCCUCCCCGCUCACACCCUUCUCCACUCCCCCUGCUCCCUCACCCGCUAACGGACCCCCAUCCCCAAAGUUUGGCCGGGACCCCCUGUCGUACUGUUUGAAGGAGAUCAAUAAGACAGUCAAACCCAGAAUCUCCUCCUUCAGGACCCUACGAAGAACGCCCGCUGCCUCCGAGGACUUCGGCCACCUCCCGCCGGAGCAGCGCAGGAAGCGGCUGCAGCAGAAAAUCGAUGACCUCAGUAAGGAGCUGCAGAAGGAGCUGGAUCAGAGUGAGGCUCUGGGGAAGAUGAAAGAUGUGUAUGAGAAGAAUCCUCAGAUGGGAGAUCCAGCCUGUUUGGCCCCACAGAUCAACCAGACGACCCAGAACAUCGAGAGACUGAGAGGAGAGCUCAACAAAUACGAAUCGUGGCUUGCGGGAGCCGGCGGUCGAGGAGAGACUCUCCGUUACUCCACUUACUCUACUCACUCCCUCAACAACAACAGCGGCAACAAUGUGUACAGUCCUGAUGGAGCCCACUCGGAUGAGAGCACCCCCGAUGCCUCGCAGGCCAUCUACGCAGAGUUUGAUGAUGACUUUGAAGAAGAGGAGAUGUCCUCUCCUAUUGGCCAGUGCACAGCACUCUACAACUUCCCAGGCUCCAGCGAGGGCACCAUCUCCAUGCAGGAGGGCGAGGUCCUCGCCGUGGUGGAGGAGGACAAGGGCGACGGCUGGACGCGAGUGCGGCGGAACAACGGCGAUGAAGGCUACAUCCCCACCUCCUACGCCACCAUUAACCUCAACAAGUGAUCCACCACACCCGACCUUUAUCAUCCUAAUGCAGCUGCUGUACUGCACCGCCCGUGCACACACCCCCCCCCCCCCCCCCAGCCCUGGAGCUGCAGCUCCCCAUCACGGCUCAUCAUCCGGCAGGAAAAGAGCUCUGCUCUGCUCUGCUCUUCUUUUCUCUUUAGGGUGCAGAAAGAGAGAGAAAAAGAUGGAUGGAUGGAUGGAUACUAUAUAGGCUUUUAUACAUGGACUAUGUUAUAAAUGGUGGGAAUUAAAAUCUCAGAAAUUUCAGAAUUAAGUCAUUUUUUCCGCUCCUGCUUUUCUCCACUUUUUUCAGCAGACUGAUCUACAGGGAGCAGCAUGUUUAUGGUUUGGCUGCUGUUCCAGGAUCCCUCAGGCUUUUUUGAUUUUUUUAUAAUUUUUUUUAUUUUUUUUGUAAUAAUUUUUAAGAGGUUGAAUGCUUUAUCUAAAACGGGACUUUUCCAUACGUUUUAAUGCCAACAAGAGACAAGAGAACGAAAAAACAAGCAGCUUCAAAAUGAGCUUUAUAGAUACUGACUUGUCAGUGCUGGCUGAAGAGGAUUUGAUUGAUUGAUUGAUUGAUUGAUUGAUUGAUUGAAUGACUGAAACCAGGCAAUGGAAAGCAUGGCGUGCUCUGACCUCUUGACCUUUUUCAGUUUACACAUUCACUCGUAACACACACGCCAUCGAGCUCCACUACUUUUUUGCAAAGCUUGCCUAUGUGUGCAAUUAUUAUAGUGGGACGAACUGUGUGUUUGUGUAUGUGUGUGUGUGUGUGUGUGUUUGUGCAAAUGUGUGCGAAAGAGCACGAGCACAAGAGUGAAAGAGAGAGAGAGUGCACAAAGGCACCAGAGCGUGAGUAAGCCAGCUGAUAAGGUCAAACAUUUAUGCUUUUAGGAAUAUUGCGUUUAACGGAGUAUUAAAUAUAUAUUAAGACAAUCAGCUCCACCCUCAAGCGUACAUAUGACUCCUCCACAUUAGCUUACGACUUUUAUGUUCCCAGCUUCAAAACUGCAAAGAUAAGAUAAGAUAUGAUAUGAUAUGAUAUGAUUCCACGCUGCAAAGGUCAUAAUUUAUUAAUCGUUUUUUUUAUAAAAAAAAUAAAAAAUAAAAAAUAAAAAAACAAAGAUUAUGAAUUAAUUAUCGUGUGGUCACAAUAUUUCAAUAAGUGGUAACUUCACAUAAAGCAAAAUGACUUACACUCACACAAACACAGUCUAUCAACACUUAUCAAUAUGUGU